AUGGAAUUCGAUAAAGCCGACAAUAAUGAAGGUAUCACUGUUUUGGAUAUAACAGACAUCGACAAAAUCCGCUAUUGUUUCGUCAAUAUUCAUUCCAAAUCGAACCCUAGAGUGUGGGAAAUGAUUAAGAAUUCUGGGGUUCCGAGUAUGAUUCCUCUGACUGCCACUGAGUAUAUGGGGGCCUACGGCCACGAACAGGAGCACUUCGAAGAAGCUUGGAAAGAAUGGAUUCAUCAUUUGAGCAAACCAGGUCUUAUUGACAGUUGGGCACUAAACAGCGUCUGGCCAAGGAAAACAUGGCAGAUGCGUGUUGGUGCAGAGAUUGCACUGCUCUUGGACUCUGGUCAAGAGCCAAUCAACGUCUUGCCAGUUUUUUCUCCGCCAUUGACACUACGCAAAGCUUGCAUGGAAAAGUUCUUGAAGGAGAUUUUCAAUUGUCCAAUCAGGGAGCUGCCUGCCAAAAUUAAACGUGCGACGCUCCUGCCUGAUUUCCGACUUGCCUUGAAAUCAACCAUAUUCGCGACACCGACGAUUCUUGCAAGUUCUGCUGCUGCACGAUAUCUUUUCAGUCAAAUACUAGAAACUGAAAAAAGCAUUGACUUGGGUCCGUUCGAUCUAUUGCCUGAUCAUAUAAUAGAGGUACUGAAGCAGCCCAGGAAAGCUGGGGUGUUGAGGAUCUUAAGUCUUUGUGGCAAUCAAAAGAUAAAUGAUGCCUCUCUAGUCAAGCUAAUCAAUGACUUUCCGAGUCUUCGAUCUUUGUAUUUACUGGAUACCCCUCAGAUUCCACUCGCGACAAAGAUGAAGAUACUUAGAGACCAAGCAUUGAGAGAAUUUUCGACACAGACCUCGCUCGAUUCAAAUCUCGGUCCCGACAAUGAAGAAGCAAGUCGAGCUAACGAUAUCAGUGAAAGAUCCCAGAGCUUCAUGAAUGAUAUGAGCAAAUUCUACUAUCUUCUCGAAGACGGAAUGCCACCAUUUUUCGAUUUGGGUUAUAUUACGCCUUUGGUCGAGCAGAUGAUAUAUAUUACCUGUGGUGAGACUGACGAAAAUAGCAUACGCGAUAGUGAAGGUGGCCUUGACAUACUUGAUCGAUUUCGGAAAAAUUGGUCGUCGCACUCAGAGGUUGAUGAUCCUGGGUAUCAGGCUAUGCCGUUGAAAGAGGCGAACCGACACCCUUCCCAACUUGUCCAGAGCUUAGCCCGAUUCAUCGGGGUUUCUUUCAGCGAGAGAUACGUGUGGUUCUCAGACUUGAGAAAGACUCUGGUGAAGAUCCUCGUCAUGGAACCAAUCGACGAUAUCGGCCCAGGAUAUCAAGUUUUACCACUCUGCGCAGGUCUUUAUAGCGACGAUAUGGGCAUUGGUGAUUCAAAGAGCAAUGGAAUCUUUCAAGUAAGUAGAGAGAUUAUUCCGAAUGAGUGGACCUUUGUCAUGAUUGUUGAACAUGAAUCCUACAAGCUCAAAGAGAAAGAAAAAGAAGAAAUUAAGACUCGGUCUCUUGCCUGCUGUGCUUUUGUAUCGGCUGAGCGUAAUCCCGCUAGCUCAGCAUCGGGUGAUAUACUUUCAACCCUGAUUGUAACCGAUGUCAAACAGUUUUUGGAGAGCAAUUUUGCCAACCACGGCCAGGAAUGGCUUAAAGGGAUUCUAGAGUGGUGGGAUGACCUGCUUGCCAAUCGCUAG